UUUUGUAGCAGAUUUUACUUACCUUUUGGUUUCAGCUUGUUAUAGACCUUUGGGACUGUAUUGUACUGUUUAUUGCUGCACCUUGUGAAUUCAUGUGGGCUGCUUGACCUACUGGUGUAUACCUACCAUUUUCUUAGCUGUAUUUUCUUACUAUGAUAAUGAUACAAGGAUGUAGUUAAAGUUGCACCCAGUGAAUUUCUACUCCUUCCGUUUCGAAAUGUAGGUUGUUUUGGCUUUUUUAGAUUCAUAGUAUUUGCUAUGUACCUAGGUAUAUAAUGUAUGUCUAGGUGCAUAGCAAAAUCUAUGAAACUAGAAAAGUCAAAACGACCUACAUUUUGGAAUGGAGGGAGUACCUUGAAAGAAAAAAAAAAGCUGGGAACUGAUUGGUAGGAAAUUGUUGUGUUUCUUUCUUUCUUUCUUUCUUUAUCGGUAAACAACUUAUCAAAUUCCAGUCUCUUGAUUAACCGAAGGUUGAGUUUUUGUACCAUGUUAAGGCUAUAGUGGUCGAUAGCGCAAGAGAUGUGUAUGCUAUCUUGUUUGAAUUUACAAGUUGUAGGCUGUGUGGUUUGAUCUUGCAAGUGGUGUACUAUAGUAUUGUUGCAACCCUCUGCCUCUGUUGCUCCUGGACUCUUAUUCUGUAUUGUGAUAUCCACUACCGAGAGUUUAUUUUUUCUACCUUCUGAUAUUAGAGAUUUCAGUACCACCUGGUAGUGUAAGAAGUUGUUUCUGGCCACUGAUUAUCAUCCAGUUGCAUUUACAAGUUGAGAUAUGGUAUAUGUUUAAUAUGGCAUAUUUUUCCUUGAUUACCCAUGUUACAAUUAGUUGCCUACCAUAGUGAGCGGAUUGUGUGGACAUUGCAUCAGGAGAUGGUUGUGCAUUUUAGCAUUCUGUAUGACCCAGCAGGAGGUUUUGCUACAGUUUUUCUUUUACACUACUUGAUGAGGGGUAAAUCAGUGUUUUCAAGUCGUCCGACUAAUCGCGAUUAAUCGCAAUUAGUCGUCCAGGUCGCUGAAGAGUGACCAACCAGGGCUAUCGACCCGAUUUGGUCGACCAGCUUUCUGGUCGUCCGAUUAGUUGUCGACUAAUCGCGAUUAGUCGGCCGAUUAGUGCUGUAGGCGACCAGACCAGAGAGCUGCAGCGCGGGAGGCGCCAAAACAGAGGCACGGGAGGCGCCAAAACGGGCCGUUUUCAGGCCGCCAAAACGCGAGCGGCGCCAAGCAGCAGCUCCUCUCCUCUCCUCUCCCAGUCUCCCUCCUCUCUCCUCUCCUCUCCCUCCGCUCCUCUCCCGCCGGUCUCCUCUCCUCUCCCGUGGAAGCCAGCAGCAGCUGUCCCCUCCUCUCUCCUCUCCGAUGGAAGCAGCAGCACUGCAGCAGCAGCCGCCCCCUCCUCUCUCCUCUCCCGUGGAAGCAGCAGCAGCCGGUCUCCUCUCCGGCGGAAGCAGUAGCAGCCGCCGGUCUCCUCUGCUCUGCUCUGCUCUCGUCUCAGAUCCACCAGUAGCUCUGCUCUGCUCUUGUGCUAAAGAUCCAGCAGGCCAGCAGCACAAGCCUUUGAAGAUGAGCUCCUCCUCCGACGAGAUGGAACGGCGGCGUGCAAUGGUGGAAGUGAUGAUGCCAGAUAGUGUGGAACGGGAAUCUGCUGCUGCCGAGACUGACGCGCCGCCAAAUUCUGUUGGUGCUGAGACUCAAGCAACUGCCAACUCCUCUGCAGCCUCAACUGCUCCAGAUUGCAGUGGUAAACCCCUAGCUGAGAAGGCAAUUGCGAAACUGCCAGCUGAUCUUCGUGCCCAGGCUGUUGAUAAGACGAGGAAGGCUAAAUCUUCUGACCCAGGAUGGAACUAUGGGUGGUGGCCAGAUGUUACAAAGAAAGACUUUCUGCAGUGUGUUUUCUGUAAGAAGGUAGUGCCUGCAGGAAUAAAAAGGUUCAAGCAGCACCUUGCUGGGGGUUAUGGUGACGCAGCAGGGUGCCCUGAGAGUCCUGAAGUAGUCAAGAGAGAGAUGAAUGAUUACUUGUUGAAGAAUUCCAAGAGUACUUAUGUGCAAAUUCCUGAAGUAGAUGAAGAAGCUGCAGAUGAAGGGGAACAAGUUGCUGGGCCUCAAGAUGAACCAAAAGCAGCACCAGUGCCUAGUUCUGGGACAAGGGUCAAGCUAGUAAAGAAGAAAAUGACACAGGCUGCCAUCAGCACUUUUGUUGUUUCUGCUCCACCAAAAGCACAAACUCAAAAGUAUUCAAAGUCAGUGAGUGCCAUGCUUUGCAAGACACCAGAAGAAGUAGUUGCAGAGAGGCACAAAUCAAAGACUUCUCAACCUACUCUUGAGCAUUGCACAAAGAAAUCCAAGGAGGCCAAGCAGAUUGUUGAUGACCAUGCUUGCUGUUCCUUAUUUGUAUGUAACUAUAUACUAUACUACUAUAUACUAUAUAGUAUAGACUAUUACUAUAUACUAUGGACGACUAACAGCCGACUAGCUCGACUAGGGUCGACUAGUUCGACCUGGUCGACGACUAAUCGCGACUAAUCGACUGGUCGGUCCUUAGGCGACUAGGACCGACUAGGCGACUUGAAAACAUUGGUGUAAAUAAUACUGCAGUAGGUUUAGACUGUAAGCAGUAGAUUUCAGCAUUGUCCUUUAUACUACCUGAUUGAAUGCAUGCAAUAAUGCAUCACCCUGAGCUGAAAGCUGAAUGUUCCAAACAGACCUCAUGCAUUCUCCGUUUCUCACACAAUGCUUACAAGAACUACUUUUCUGGAGUAGAACAACUGCUCCAUUUCAUCCAUGCUGGAUUUGUAAUCCAAAUUUUAUAAUCUCCUUGUGUUUCGGAGCUGUUCUGAUUGCUGUUUGUUUUUUUUUGU